UCAGGGAGCGGCUUCCUGGCGUCACUUCGUACCGGCACUGUUCUGCGCGACAUUACUGUUGCCAGCGAUACCGGUUCCGGGUACACGCCUCAACCGGGCUGCAUGAUGACCCCCGGAAAGCGCCUGCAUCUACUGCCUCUAUGCCUACUGACUGCGCUAUUUCUGCCUCAGGUAUCUUCUCAGCACUGUGUAUGGUAUGGGGAAUGCGGCAUAGCCAAAGGGGGCAAACGGUACAACUGUGCAUAUUCUGGGCCCCCUAUACCUCUUCCACCAGAUGGUCAUGAGCUGCUCCAGCAACUGUGCCCGUCCCUUUACUAUGGCAAUGUCAGUGUUUGCUGCGAUGUUCAACAACUCAACACUCUAAACAACAACUUGCAACUUCCUUUGCAGUUCCUCUCCAGAUGUCCUUCCUGUUUUUAUAACCUAAUGACCUUGUUUUGUGAGCUGACAUGUAGUCCUCGGCAGUCAGAGUUUCUGAACGUUACACAAACCAUAAAUUACACCAACCCUGAUCCAGAAAAAUCAAAUGAAAGUAUCAUAGCCAUGGAGUAUUAUGUUGGGCAGCACUUUGCAGGAGCCAUGUUCAAUGCCUGCCAGGAUGUAGAGGCUCCUUCAAGCAAUGUCAAAGCUUUGAGUUUGAUGUGUGGCAGGGAUGCUAAGGACUGCACUGCAACUAACUGGAUCGAGUACAUGUUCAAUGAGGAUAACGGUCAAAUUCCCUUCACUAUCACCCCUAUCUUCUCCGAUGUGCCCUUUCAUCAGAUGAUUCCAAUGAACAAUGCCACCAAGGGAUGCGAUGAGGCUGUGGAUGAAGAUGGGGCUCCUUGCAGUUGUCAGGACUGCACUCUUAUGUGUGGGAACACACCCCAGCCUCCUCCACCCCCUGCACCCUGGCUUAUUUUUGGUUUGGAUGCAAUGGUUGUCAUCAUGUGGAUAACGUAUGUUGUGUUCUUGCUCCUCUUUUCUGCGGUUGUCAUUUGCUCCUGGUGUUACAGAAAAAAGAACAUCAUAUCUGAGUAUGCUCCAAUUGAUAGUAAUUUGGCAUAUUCUGUAAAUUCUACGCCUAUAGCAGGAACGCCAUCCAGCUGUGAAACAUGCGGAGAAAGACUGGAGAAUUGCCUGAGAGUGGCCUUCACAAAAUGGGGUGUAUUCUGUGUCCGAAACCCAUUUAUUGUUAUUUUCUUCUCUGUGGUUGCAAUUGCCGCCUGCUGUUCUGGGCUCAGAUACGCAAAGCUCACUACAGACCCUGUGGAGCUCUGGUCUGAUCCACACAGCGUAGCUCGCAAAGAGAAGGAUUACUUUGACACGCACUUUGGACCUUUCUUCCGUACUGAGCAGCUCAUCAUCACUGCCCCCAACAGCCACGGAGAGAUCUACUCACCAUAUCCAUCAGGAAGUGAUGUUCCUUUUGGUCCACCUCUAGUUUUAGACAUUUUACUCGAGGUCCUGGAACUCCAAAAUGCCAUUGAAAAUAUAACCGCUACAUACAAUAAUGAAAGUAUAAUGCUGAAGGACAUCUGUAUGGCACCAUUGGCUCCAUAUAAUAACAACUGCACCAUUCUCAGUGUGCUGAAUUAUUUCCAGAACAGUUACUCAGUCUUGAAUCAUGUUGAGAGAGACGAGUUCUUUGUGAUUGCAGAUUAUCAUACUCAUUUCCUAUUCUGUGUGCAGUCCCCAGCAUCUUUGAAUGACACAACAGCUCUGCAUGACCCCUGCUUAGGUACAUUUGGAGGGCCCAUCUUCCCAUGGCUGGUACUUGGAGGCUAUGAUGGUGAUAAUUAUAACAAUGCAACAGCUCUUGUGAUCACUUUCCCGGUGAACAACUUCCACAAUGAUUCAGAGAAAAUAAAGAAAGCAAAGGCGUGGGAACAGGAAUUUAUCAGUUUUGUGAAAAAUUACAACAAUUCAAAUCUGAGCAUUUCGUUCUCUGCGGAGAGGAGCAUUGAAGAUGAGAUUAAUCGUGAAAGCACCAGUGAUGUGUCUACUGUCCUGAUAAGUUAUGCUUUAAUGUUUGUAUACAUCUCCUUGGCCUUGGGUAACAUCAACCAAUGGAGCAGGAUUUUGGUUGACUCCAAGAUUACCCUGGGUACGGCAGGCAUUCUGAUUGUGCUCAGCUCUGUAGUGUGCUCCAUUGGUAUCUUCAGCUAUAUUGGGGUUCCGCUCACUCUGAUCGUAAUAGAGGUUAUACCUUUUCUGGUCCUUGCCGUUGGUGUGGACAACAUAUAUAUCAUUGUACAAACCCUGCAGAGAGAUGAGCGUCUUCAAGGGGAAACUCUUGAUCAGCAGAUUGGCAGAGUCUUGGGUGAAGUUGCUCCAAGCAUAUUCUUGUCGGCUUUUGCAGAAACUGUUGCCUUCUUCUUAGGCGGUUUAUCCUCCAUGCCAGCUGUCCGCACGUUCUCACUCUUCGCAGGGUUGGCGGUGUUCUUGGACUUCCUACUUCAGAUCACCUGCUUUGUGAGCCUCCUUGGUUUGGACAUUAGACGCCAAGAGAAAAAUCGCUUGGACGUCCUCUGCUGUUUCCCAGGCUGUAACCAAAGCAGUGGGGCUGAGAAAUCCCAGAGCUGGGUUUUUCUGUUCUUCAAAAAGCUGUUCUCCCCAGCGUUGAUGAAGAACUGGGUGCGGCCCAUAGUGAUAUCUGUUUUCGUGGGCAUCCUGUCCUUCAGUAUUGCUGUGAUGAAUAAAGUGGAGGUCGGUCUGGAUCAGUCUUUGUCGAUGCCUGAUGAUUCGUAUAUGCUGCGUUAUUUUGAUUCUCUCAGUAAGUACCUGCACACUGGUCCUCCCGUGUAUUUUGUGGUUGAGGAAGGACAUGAUUACACCACAAAAGAAGGACAGGCCAUGGUUUGCGGCGGCGCGGGAUGUAAUAACAAUUCUCUGGUGCAGCAAGUUUACAAUGCAGCACAAUUGGCCAACUACACAAAGGUCGGCUAUCCUCCAUCCUCCUGGCUCGAUGACUACUUUGACUGGGUGAAGCCUCAAUCUACCUGUUGCCGCGUAUAUAACAGCACAGGGCAGUUCUGCAACGCUUCAGUUGUUGAUCCACAGUGCAUGCGUUGCCGUCCUUAUACGCAAGAAGGAAAGAGGAAGCCAGUUGGGGAAGAGUUUAUGCAGUUCCUUCCCAUGUUCCUUUCUGAUAAUCCUAACCCCAAAUGUGGAAAAGGUGGGCAUGCGGCUUACGGUACAGCAGUUGACCUUCUCAACAAUGACACAGCGGUGGGUGCCACCUACUUCAUGACUUAUCACACCAUCCUGAAGAAUUCUUCAGACUUUAUUGAUGCCAUGGCAAAAGCUCGAAUCAUAGCCAAGAAUAUUACUGACAGCAUUGCCGUCCCUGGGAAAAACUACAGCGUCUUCCCUUACAGCGUUUUCUAUGUGUUCUAUGAACAGUAUUUAACCAUUGUGGAUGAUACCAUCUUUAACCUUUGCCUGUCAUUGGCUGCAAUAUUCUUUGUGUCGGUGAUACUGCUCGGCUUUGAAAUUUGGUCCUCGUUUCUGAUGUGCGUCACAAUUUCCAUGAUCCUUGUCAAUAUGUUCGGAGUGAUGUGGCUCUGGGGCAUCAACUUGAAUGCUGUAUCUCUCGUGAACUUGGUUAUGUGCUGCGGCAUCUCCGUGGAAUUUUGCAGCCACAUAACCAGAGCGUUCUCAGUGAGCACAAAGGGAAACCGAGUGCAGCGAGCGCAGGAUGCAUUGGCCAAUAUGGGCAGCUCAGUUUAUAGUGGAAUCACACUGACAAAGUUUGUUGGUAUCGGAGUGCUGGGGUUCUCGAAGUCUCAGAUAUUUAAGAUCUUCUACUUCAGGAUGUAUCUGCCGAUGGUGCUCCUGGGGGCCGCCCACGGUUUAAUAUUUCUACCUGUUCUUCUUAGCUACAUAGGACCAAAAGUGAAUAAAGCCAAGGCCCAAGCCGCACUGUUAAGAUCCAGAGGAACAGAACAAGAGAGACUUCUUAACCACUAACGUGACUUCAGUGAUCAUCCUCGUUCCGAGAAACAGCAUCAAAGAAUACUUGUGAUCAUCCACAAAGCUUGCAGCUGCUAUGUCUCAGGAAUAGAUACUUCCAUGAAGCAGUCAGUGUUAACAUGCUAUUUUUUUGUACAUAGAAGUUACAUUUUCUUAGGUUUGUAUUUUCCAUACAUUGUUCAAUGGAUAGGGAAACCACCUAUUUGUUUAAUAUAGAGUGCAAAAACCAAUGCAAUUUUUCCUGCAGCAGUUUCUAAUCCAAUGCAUAAAAUAUAUUUUAGUAAUUUGUUUGCUAAAAAAAAAAAGUAUUUUCUUUUUAUAAAGGAUAAAAGAGGAAACCUCACAUUUUUCUAAUAGGUAGCAGAAGCUGCAUGGACUUUAUUUGUUAUAAUAAAUAGAACUUUCUACAGCACUGGAUGGGAGAUACGUCAGCAGGUGGGAAGUUUAAGCAAUGCCUGAUCACCAAACAGCUGUUUGAAUGAAGUCACGUGGUCUUCACAAUGCUCACCUGCAGAAAGAACAGUCAGAUGGGCAUCAUAAUGCCAAAGCUUCAGACAUGCGUGGUUUUUUUUUUUU